UUUUGUUUUUCUUUCGUCUUGUUGAUAAUCACUUGACUUUUUCUUUGAUUCUUUUUCUUAUUUCUUAAUUUUUCCAUUAAUUAAAUGUUAAUUUGAUCAUGUCGUCAUUUAGAAAAUUCGACCUUAAUGAAGAACCUUUGGCCGUUGAAUACAUCAGAACGGGAAUUAGAGGAAUCGAUCAACUAUUUGGAGGUGGAUUACCUUUUAAUAACCUAAUUUUAAUCGAGGAAGAUGAAUUCAGUAUUUAUACAAAUCUAUUAUUAAAAAGUGUUUCUUCAUAUGUUCUUCAUGGCAACAUUAAUCUCACCUAUUUUUCGGACAAUAUUUCGGCCGAUGUUACCUCUUUUCUUCAGAAAUUACCUGCCAGAAGCAAAGCCGAUUACAAUAGUCUCGCUGGACCAAAGGACAUGCAAAUAGCUUUUCGUUAUAAUCAUAUGCCUUCAUUAGAAAUGGAAACUGGAAUUAUAACUGAUUUUGGAAGGACGAUGGACGAAAGAUUAAUAAAUUCCCUGUUGUUUGUUAAUGAUGUUAGUGUUCACCCGAUAAACGAAGUGUUUAAUACCUUAGAAAAAUUAAUUAGUAGAUCGGAGGAACAUUUAAAAUGCAUAAAAGUUAAAUGCUCUGGUUCCUCAUCGUCUCAACAUUUGAUAAUUAUUGAUCAUCUAUCAGCAACCAGUUCUAAUUUAACUGAGGAUAAUAUUUGUCCCUUCAUCUAUCAGUUGAAAAGCUUUGCCCGGAAAUUAAACAAAUGUGCCAUCAUAGUUACUACUCAAUCAGGUUGGUUACCAAUUGUAACAAUUAAAAGACUUCGAAAUAUAUGUGAUUCGGCAAUUCAAUUGGAAGCAUUUGAUACAAUGAAACCUUCAGUCUACAGUGAUGAUUAUAAAGGAGCUCUUCAUGUCCAUAAAGUGGCCAGAAUUUCAUCAGCCAAAGAAAGUCUUGUCGCUAAUUUGGGAUUCCAGUUAAAGAAAAAUAAUCGUUACUUUAUCGUUGAGAAAUUGUUCCUUCCUCCAGAUAUUGGUGAUACACCAUCAAGAGUACCAACGAAAUCGUCAAAUCCUACCGAUGAAAUUUUCUAAUUACUUUCAAUUGAAUAUUACAUAAGAUUGGACUAUUUAACUUUACAUUAUUAUUUUUUUUUGUAAUGAUUAUAAUAUGUGGUUGGUCAAAAAUAUUACAAUUUAAAUGAAGGCAUCAAGAUAACCAUCUUCAUCUAUCAAUUGAUUAUUAAAAAAUUUGUUCAAAUUA